GAUGAACAUGCAAAAAUAAAAACUAGAAGGAACUUCCAUUUCAUUUCCAGUUUCCAACUCCAUCCACUUUGGACCCUAGAAGAAGAGAACACAGUUUUUGGGAUUUGGAGGAGCACAGAACCAUUCCACUGAGCUUAGUGAAUCCAAUUUCAGAUAUGGUUUUGAUGAACAAGUUGGUUAAGACCGUGUCAUGGUAAUUGUGUUAACACGAGAGGCCGGAUGAUGGCAACAGCUGCUGUUGUUGGACUUAGUACAGCAAACAGAUUUUUGUGUUCUUCCUUCCAUUGCUCUGACAUCUCAGAAAAACUUACAUCUUUCAAUGAGUAUGCAUUGUCACAGUAUCAAACUGCUUCGAUAAAGAAUUUGAUUGUUGCAAAGAAGCCAUCUAAUUAUAGCCCAAGUUUUCCAUCAUCCAAACGUCAUUCGGAGUCCAUUAAGGCUGUUAAAGAGUAUGGGGACCAUGCCUCAAUUACUUCCACUGAAUUGCCAUGGUUUCAAGGAUCCAAUGACAUAGAAGAAGAAGAAGCUUCUGACCUUGACUAUUCUGUGGAAGCUCUUUUGUUACUUCAGAAAUCUAUGCUUGAGAAGCAAUGGAAUCUUUCUUUUGAAGGGACUGCAUUAGCUGAUUCAUCAAUGAAAAAAAUUCACAAGAAAAUACCUGUUACUUGUUCUGGAGUGUCUGCUCGACAACGGAGAAUGAAUUCUAAGAGGAGAAAUCUAUGCCAAAAUAAAAUGCAGCAGCCUGGUUCUAAGCAGAUAAGAUCAAUGAUUGGUCCUGAACUUUUUCAGAAUCGUUUGAAGGGUUACGUGAAAGGUGUAGUAAAUAAUGAGCUUCUCAGCCAUGCAGAAGUUGUGUGCUUAUCCAAGAAGAUCAAGAGUGGACUUUCUUUAGAGGAGCAGAAGUUCAGACUUAAGGAGAAAUUGGGUUGUGAGCCAUCAGAUGAGCAGCUUGCAACUUCCUUGAAAAUUUCUCGUGCUGAGUUACAAUCAAAAUUGAUUGAAUGCUCAUUGGCAAGAGAGAAACUAGCUAUGAGUAAUGUUCGUUUGGUCAUGUCAAUAGCUCAGAGAUAUGAUAACAUGGGUGCUGAAAUGUCUGAUCUUGUUCAGGGUGGUUUGAUUGGACUACUGCGUGGAAUUGAGAAGUUUGAUUCUUCCAAGGGAUUCAAAAUUUCAACUUAUGUAUAUUGGUGGAUACGUCAGGGUGUCUCUAGAGCAUUAGUUGAGAACUCAAGAACUUUACGGCUGCCCACAUAUUUGCGUGAAAGGCUGUGGCUAAUCCGAAAUGCAAAGAUUAAGUUGAAAGAGAAAGGAAUAGCACCAUCUAUUGAUAGAAUUGCAGAGAGCCUAAACAUGUCCCAGAAGAAAGUUAGGAAUGCUACAGAGGCAGUCAGUAAGGUUUUCUCACUAGAUAGGGAUCCAUUCCCGUCUUUGAAUGGUCUUCCAGGAGAAACUCAUCAUAGUUAUAUUGCAGACAAUUGCACGGAGAACAAUCCAUGGCAUGGAUUUGAUGACUGGGCACUUAAGGAUGAAGUAAACAGACUUAUCAAUGUGACACUUAGUGAACGAGAGAGAGAUAUAAUUCGCCUGUACCACGGUUUAGAUAACGAAAGUCUUACAUGGGAGGAAAUAAGUAAGCGCAUAGGUUUGUCUAGAGAGAGAGUUCGGCAGGUUGGACUUGUAGCUCUGGAGAAACUAAAAACCAAAGCGAGGAGGAGUAAAAUGGAGGCCAUGCUGGUAAAACAUUAAUUUUCCAUGUCUUAUCAUGCACAUGUAUGAUUAACAAGAAUGUAUAUACUGAAAGGAAAAAUUGUAUCAUCAUUUUUAAUUAAUUUUUCCAAUCAGAUCAAACCAUAGGAGGUCAACUUUCUGUCACAAAGAGUUAAAACACACUUAUUCAGAAUUUGUAAUCUUCAGCAAAAAAAUUUUAUGUACUUCAAUAUAUUUCAGAGACAAGCUUGGGAUGUGGAUGCCAAAAUCAGAGAUAAUUGAAGGUGAGAUAUUGGAGGAAACCAAAUAACAUUGUUUGUGCACAAGAAGAAUGCUGGACACAAAUUAUUUGGUUUCCUCCAAUUCUUACAUUCAAGAUCCUGCUCCUCAUUUCCUUCUAAAUUGUUUGAAGCUCGGGUGAUUUGAAUUCAGAAAUGCUGAGCCAGAUAGCCUUCUUAUAACCUAAAGCAGCAAAGAUAAGAUGAGCAAGGUCAGACACAUUUGUCAAUUGAGUUUCAUGUUUUUCAAUUUAGAUUGUAAUUUUUUGAGGCAUUAAUGUUACUCAAUUAUCAUUAAUUAAUGAACAUAGGAAAAAAUU